UCUUGCCCAUGAAGCAACCCUGAAAACUCAAACCCUAACCAGACAUUUCCUUUCCCUUCUGUCUUGACCGGAAUCAUCGACAUGUUGCCCACCGAUCGAGUUUCGCCGGUCUUGGCCGUCUUUAUCGCUGUUUUCGUGGCCUUUGUUCGUGCAAAAACCGAUAGCCAAGAAGUUUCAGCAUUGAACGUUAUGUUCACAAGCUUGAACUCACCUUCAAAGCUGAAAGGAUGGAAAUCGAGCGGCGGAGAUCCAUGCAACGAUGCAUGGGACGGUAUCAAAUGCGACGGCAACAAAGUUAUCGAAAUACAGUUAUCAGAACUCCAGCUCAGUGGAUCUCUAGGUUAUCAGCUCAGCAACCUCAAGUCUCUCACAACCCUUGAUCUGAGCAAGAACAAGCUCAGUGGGAACAUGCCGUACCAACUCCCGCCCAAUAUCGUUCAUCUAGAUUUCUCAGAAAACGAGAUUGAUGGGAACGUGCCUUAUUCGUUGUCUCAGAUGAAUCAUCUCCAGUCAGUCAAUCUAGGGCACAACAAGCUCGAAGGGGAUUUACAGGAUAUGUUUCAGAAGCUCUCGAAGCUCGAAUCUCUGGACUUAUCGUUUAAUCAACUCUCAGGAAACUUACCCCAGAGUUUCGCCAAUCUGACGAGCCUCAAGAAACUGCAUCUACAGGAGAAUAAGUUCAAAGGCUCCAUUAAUAUGCUCAGGGACCUCCCACUUGAUGACUUGAACGUCGAGGACAACCAGUUCAGCGGAUGGAUCCCGAACGAGCUGAAGGACAUCGAUAGUCUACUUACGGGAGGGAACGAUUGGUCCGCCGGAGAAGCUCCUCCGCCGCCGCCAGGCUCUAAUUACGGCCGGAAAACCUCUGAUUCUAAAGGCGGAGGAGGUAAACCCCCGGUGAGCGGCUUGUUGAUAGCAGGAGCAAGCAUCGGAGUUCUCAUAUUGAUAGCGAUUUUGAUCGCUCUCAUCUCCAAGAAGAAAUCGUCUCCCUCGCUGCAUUUCAUCGACGAAGGUUAUAGCCAACAUAGCCGGAAGUUCACGUCCCUCGCUUCUCACGGAUCUUCUCAAGAGCUACGCAUCGAUUUCGGCCAAGAGUACAACGGUAGGAAAUCUGCAGAUUCCGGUGAUGAUUCCAUGCACCGGUCACAAUCAAAAGGGGCGAAUUCAGUUUCAUCUCUAGCCAUUUCGUUAAACGAAGCUGAGUUUGCGAACCGUCUCAAAGCAAAGCGGAACGCCUCGUUUAAAAUCGCUGAAUUCGAGCUCUCGGAUCUGCAAGACGCAACCGAAAACUUCUCACCUGGCAACCUUUUAGGCCAUGGAUCGAUCGGACGAGUCUAUAGGGCAAGUUAUCCCGAUGGAAGGGCCCUCGCGGUGAAGAAGAUCGAUAGUUCCUCGUUCGAAUCGGGGAAAUCGGAAGGAUUUUCGGACGUAGUGACGGGAAUCUCAAGGAUUCGACAUCAGAACAUAGCUGAGGUCGUAGGUUACUGCUCGGAAAAAGGGCAAAACAUGUUGGUUUACGAGUACUUCAGAAACGGUUCUCUGAACGAGUUCCUUCACUUGUCGGAUCGGUUCAGCAAACCGUUAACUUGGAACACAAGGAUCAGAAUCGCGUUGGGAACCGCUCGAGCCAUCGAGUACCUUCACGAGGCUUGUUCGCCACCUUUAGUGCACAAGAACAUCAAGUCUUCGAACAUUUUGUUGGACGCAGAGCUCAAUCCUCGUCUCUCCGACUAUGGCCUGUCCAAUUUUCACCUAAGAACGAGCCAAAACCUAGGAGAAGGAUACAACGCACCAGAAUGCAAGAGCCCCUCGGCUUACACACCGAAGAGCGACGUCUUUAGUUUCGGAGUCGUCAUGCUCGAACUUCUCUCAGGCCGAUGUCCCUACGACCCGAAUAAGCCGAGAUCGGAAAGAUCGUUAGUAGGGUGGGCGACACCGCAACUUCACGACAUAGAAGCGUUAUCGACGAUGGCGGAUCCUGCUUUGCACGGCCUCUACCCUCCGAAAUCGCUCUCCCGGUUCGCCGAUAUUAUAGCCCUUUGCGUACAGACGGAGCCGGAAUUCCGACCACCGAUGUCGGAGGUGGUGGAGUCGUUGGUACGGUUGGUCCAACGGUCGAGCAUGAAACUAAAGGAGGAUCUUUCUUCUUCUUCGCGUCGAUACACCGAUGAUUCUUAUUUCUAAAUUAUUAUUAUUGUUAUUAUUACAAGAUUCAUUUUCAGACAGGAAACGUUCGGGAAAAAAUAUAUUUUUUUUGGCUGAAAUUAACGUCUAAUUCCGAGGAGUACACACAUUAAACUCUAAUAU